AUGGCGGCAGAAACCGAUGCCGCCCCCAGCUUGUCUGCAAGCGAAGUGUAUGAGGCCGGUAAGCGCGGCGAGUGGGAUGUUGUGCUGGCUGUGAUAGGCGAGCGGUCCGAGGCGGCGGCGGCGGCGGCGCGGUUUGUCAACGAUGCCGUCCGGGUGGUGGUGGGCGCCGGUGCUGUUCUCGAUCACAAGGACAAGGACGGAAAGAUGCCCAUUGAGGUGGCCAAGGACGAGCCAACGAUUGCCUUGAUCAAGCUGGCCAUGGACAACGCCCUGGCGCAGCAGACGAGCCCGGUCGUCUUUCCGCCAGCCGCGCCGGACUCGCCCGCGGUCAAGAUCAUCAACGUCGGGCCGACGUACCACAUCGCCUAUGGCGGUGGAGUGACCUCGGCCUACAACGGCAGGGCGGUCUGGCUCGACGAGUUUGGCCGCGUUCUCGUCGGCUGGCACGGCACAGUCUCCCCACCGUCGGGCAUGGCUGGCGAGGAUCUCAUGCAAGACGAAUCAGACGCAGACAUUUUGUCACGGCUAACUAUCGUACCGUCAUGGAUGGCCAUGCCGAGGUAGCUGCGCUCCCUGAUUGAGUUAGUUGCAAGUGUUUGGCGGUGUGACCAAGCCGUCGCCUGGGCCCGGCUCCAGCCCGACAGCCGCAACCAGACAUCGGUAACACAGGUGGUGCUCUGUCACGAUGCUACGAAUCCACGAUCUUGGGAUGGGAUGGGAUGGG